GCUGUGAUGCAGACGGCAAAUCACAUGAGCAGAGAUCUGUUUACAAACUGAGCAGGCAAGAAGUGUUCGGCACCAUUAUGAGCACCCAGCACUGGAGGAGAAGAUCAGGAAAACGCUGGACCUGAGCAUACAUACACACACGUAUACAAGGUGGACUCCUUUUCCCAAAACUGUCAUCUUUGCUGUUCCUCUUCUCUUGCAUGCUUAUGGAGGGUAGAGAGCAAGACAUACUGUAUGGUGAAGAGGGAGCGAGCCACCACCAGCACAAAGCCACUCUAAGCUUUUGAAGCAGGUAAAUUCACGCAGGAAAUCAGACUGACUACGUCUGCUUCUUUGUGAUCAGGACAGGAAGACUGUCCUUGGGAAAAGGACAAGAAAAGCAGGUGGAGCAUGAGAAAGGUGGGAGAAGGCAACAUCUGGACAAAUGAAUCUUUUGACCGUGUUUUGAAGGUAGACAAAGCAAAGUAGUGCCAUAAGUUUAGACUUUGUACAUGUGCUCACUCAGAAGAACACUGAGCACUUGGUGUUAUUGUAUGCGUAUUCCAAUGAGAAGAACGAUAAAAAGCCAACAUUAAACAUCUCACCUCACACUACAGUCUAACUUGCCUUAAAAAAUCGAGCUACCAAAGGGACUGCUUGAUGUACCAAAGCUUGAUGCUUGGUUUUGGAAAAUGACACAGGAGCACAGUGAAAGUGAACUAUGUGUUAAGUACCACAUUGCAUGUUUUUUCCUGGAAGAGAAGAAGUGAACAUUUUAAUCAGUGCCAAUUUUUUAACUGGAAAAGUGUGUGACUCGACUUCAACCAAGAAAACACACUCAUCCUGCCUCCAUGCAAACGGGCAAGGGAAUGUGGUGGGUGCUCAUAAUGUGUUAACCAGAGAGAGUGAGGAUUUCAUGAGCUGUUGCUUUGUUGUGGGAGUUUCUGCAAGCCAGAGUCCAGAUUGUCGAUCCGAUUUUUUAAGGGGAUAAAUCUAACUUCCUGGCUCAUUUCAACACUGUCUUUCUGGAACCCAUUAUUGAUUGGCUGGAUCAACUGAAACAACCUGGCCUCUUGUUCAUGAACCUAUUCCAGUGGUAUAACAGAUGUUUGUGUGACUGAAGCCUACGCAUUUUAGACAGCAAAAUGAGCACAGAUGUCACAUACCCCCUCCCCCUGAACGUCUAUAUCAUCAUUCUUGGCAUUGGUCUCUUCAUCUUUAUGUUGAGCCUCAUCUUCUGUUGUUAUCUGUUCAGCCUGAGACGACAGGUCACACAGGAGCAGUUUGGAUACAAUGAGGUUGUUCUAAAAGGAUCAGAGAAGAAGUUAAGCCUCCUUGGUCAGACCUGUGCUGUUUGUCUGGAAGAGUUCAGGAGCAGGGAGGAGCUCGGUGUUUGUCCCUGCUCACAUGCUUUUCACAAGAAGUGUUUAGUAAAGUGGCUGGAAAUCCGACGUGUCUGCCCCAUGUGUAAUAAACCCAUCUGCAGGCUACAUCCUGACCCUCCGCAGGAGGCUGAGGGCGUACAGAACCCCCUGCAAGUGUGACAGAAGAGGCACGGUGUUGGGAAGAGAAAGAUAGAAGAGUCUUUCAUCACAUAGCACUUGUUCAGCUUCAAUCAAGAACGAUGUUUAAAAAAUCGGUGUCACAUGAUAUCAUGGAGCCCAGUCCAAUAUCAACUGACAUCCUUUCUACCACUUCCAAAAAAAAAACCUACUCUGCUAUCCAAUGUCAGUGCUUUUCACACUGAGACGAAGACGUCUUGAAAGUCUGAAAAAUUUAGCCAUGCAGCUAGCCUUAAUUAACUUCAGGUCAUAUGGAUGGGUGAAGAGAGAAGGAUUUAAAGUUGAAAUAAGUUAAUAAGUUGCAAAGUACAGGGAUGCAAUGACAAGCAUGGCACAACAUAGUGUGUGUGUGUGUGUGUUUAUAUAUAUAUAUAGAUUUUUUUUUUCCACAUAACUGCCAGAGACAGAGGACACUAUAUUACCACAGACAAAUAAGCAACCAUUAUUUGAACAAAUUUGUCAAAACAAAGUAUUUUAGUGUCCCAACCCUGGUCCAGAGGGCAAUGAUCUCGUAACAUUUUUCAUUUAUUCAUUCAUUCAUCUUCACUAACCUCAUCCUAGUCAAGGUCAUGGUGGCUCCAGAGUCUAUCCCAGGAACAUUAGCUGUGAGGUAUGAAUGCACCCUGGAUGUUUUGCCAGGCCCAUCAUAAUCAAUCACAGGGCUCCAUGCACACACAUUAACACAAUUAUUCACUUAAAAUAUUUUAUCUCGCCAAAAUGUGUUUGUGAAAUAAAACAGUGGUUCACCAAGAACCUACUGAAUAUGAAUAACCUAAUUAUUACUCCUUUUUUUUUAAAUGCCUGUCACUCCAGAUUCAGGACCAGGUUUGGGUGAGCAGGAGUUUUUGGGCUGUCUUUAAGUUAUUUUGAAGUAGUUAUUUUAUAUUGUAUACAUUCCUCAAUAGAGUGAAAAAUUUCAGUGAUGGAUCAGAGCUGGUGUUUCUUAUUUGUUUGCUAAAGCAUGGGUUUCGUUAUAGAAUUAAGGGGAAAUAGGACAUAGUACUUGCAUAGUGCUGUUUGUAAUUCUGUUUAGGUUAUAAUGACGUAUAAUUUGUCUUCCAUUUAAUUGUAUUAUCAAAGCAGAAAUAUGGGUUCUUUUUAUAUAAGGUUGAAUUACAAAUCGAAAAAAAAAAACACUUUUCGCAGUCAAAUUCAACAAAUUCCUGUGGUAAUUCUCACUAUUUUCACAGCAAUGCUCAUUGUUUGUGUUAAUGUGUGAACCUUGUGACUGUUGUCAACAGGACAUUCCAUACUGUUUAUUUCAGUGAGGUCUCUGUAAGACUCCAUCAUAUAUGGGCUUCCUGACAAAACAUUGAUAUCCUUUCUUCAAAAUUAAUAAUAGAUUUUUGUGAGAGAAGCUCACAAACAGUACAGAGCUGCCAGGGUCAUUCUGUGUGGAAUAUUGUGCAACAUUGUGUAUUGUGAAGAUACACACUGCUCUCAACAUGCACCAUGAAAAAGCAGACACACUCUUCACUUAGGAGCCCAAACAAUAACUGACUGGUGGAAAUAACAAUCAGCUAUUCAGUGAAGUUAAUAGUUGGCACCAUACAUUAUAUCUGCAGUUGCAAAACUGAAAGCACAAAAGAGUUAGGUUACAAAAUAUCAGUGCUCAGUCAGCGUUUUAGAUUUAUGGAAUAUUCUUUAUGAAAUACAGAUGGGUGAUGAAUCUGUCGGAGGUAUUUUGCUAUCACGGUUUUGACCCAUUUGUCCCCUUAGAGGGAAAAGUCUUUGUAAAUCAAUACAAAGUUUGAUUUGAUUUUGAGACCACAAAGACAGUGGGCGUGACGGCACACUGAAUGAUUUGAUAAAUAUGAAAAUUAUUUAAAUCGCAUGUUAUGGCCUUCACAAUCACAAGAUCCCAACCCAACUGAACACCAACACCAGCUGACAGAGUAUCUUGUUCAUCCCUUCCGCACAGUUCCAAAAACUUGUAGAAUCUGUGCCACGGUACACGAAGCUGUUGUGAUGGUUUCUCGUGGGGUAACACCCUACACCCUAAGACACUUCAUGUUGUUUGCUUCUUGUUUUUUUGAAAAUAACAGACAAAAAAUAAUCCAGCAUAGUACACCUUUAAUAUUUCGCUCUGUUACGUCGAAUCACUAGCUCUUCUUUGGUAGCAUGUUACUUAAAUGCAGUGUUCACAGGGCUACACAACAUCUUACAUAAAUGUAGCUAAACAUCCAUCCAUCCAUUAUCUGUAGUCGCUUAUCCUGUACAGGGUCACAGGCAAGCUGGAGCCUAUCCCAGCUGACUAUGGGCAAGAGGCAGGGUACACCCUGGACAAGUCGCCUGGUCAUUGCAGGGCUAACACAUGUAGCAAAACAUAUAUUUAACAAUUAUUCCACGAAAUCGACUCAGCUAUAAGCCAUGUACAACAAGAUUGAGUGGAAUAACUGUUUUAUUCUAUCCACAUUCACUGGAUUUUGAGAAACAGAACAUUUUUAUUUUUUGCAAAUUCAAUAAAUAAAAACUUUAUACAAAAUAUCCGACAAAAUCAUUUCCACUUAGAAUGUAAACAAACAGGCAAAAUGACAGAAGUAAUUUGUGAAAAAUGCUAUAAUAAUAAUUCUUGAAAAAUAAAAAAGGUAUGUUUUACCAUGAAAUAGUUUUAUUCCAUAUUUUGUUGCUUUUUUUGUAUUUUUUUUUUUUUUUGGGGGGGGGGGUUGUUUUCAAGUAGAGUUUUUAUUUUGUCCUCGGUUCGUUCAGCAACAUGCUCCGCCAUUUUCUUCUUCUUUCAGGUUUUUUUGGUCUUAAAGGUGCAUUACUGCCACUGACUGGGCUAGAGUGUGGAACAAGAGAUAUUUUGUGUGUUGGGGGGGACUGUAUUCUUUUAGCUAUUUCUGUUUCUUUUAAAUACUUGAUAACAAAAUGAUAUAUCUGACUUGAUGUGCUCCGCCAUUUAAUUUUUCUCUGCUCACAGUAUAUGAGCUGAUAGCCUAGGAGUAGAGUAGCCAAUCAGAGUGUGUGAUUGCUCCUAUCCAGUGAAUGUGUCUAGAAUAAAAAGGAUUAUUCUGUUAGGCAUAAGCUGUUUGUUUUUUGUUUUUUUCAAUUUUGAUGUCAAGUUAACAAAUGACAUUACACCAAACAUAGUAAAGUGCUAUAAUUUUUUGUUGAACUUAGCUAUGCAUUAUGGCUCAUUCCUGGGUGCACUCACUCACUCACUCACUCACCGUUUUGAGUCAGUUGACACGUCAGACGUGUAUAUGACUUACAGUCUUCAGUAGAGCUCUCCAUUCAGCAUGGUCUUGAGUGGCCUCUUCUGCAAUAUUCCAUAGCUUCAAGUCAGCAGAGACAGAUUCCUUCCAGCUUUUUCGAGGUCGGCUACGGUUGUUCGCUCCUUCAACUUCCAGGAUAGUACAUCUGUUAAUCCAAGAAUUACUGCGUUAGACAUGUCCAAACUAAUGGAGACAAUUGCAUCUGAGGAUAGUGUCAAGGCGACAGAGGUUCAGCAUCCGCAGAACAGAAGACAUGCUAAUUCAUAUUCCUCUUUUGACAUUGCACAUCCAUAAAAGCAUGGCUCUUUCAUUAUGCUCAAGCCAUUUUUGGUCAUCUCUUCGGAGUGCCCAACAUUCAGAACUGUAUAACAUGGUGCUACGCACACAACUGCUGUAUAGUUGACCACGAAUAUGAAGUGAGAUAGCUUUGCAGGUUAACAAUGGCAGCAGCUCUCUAAACUUUCCCCAAGCAGAACGAGUUCUGAUAAUCGUUGCCAGUUCACAACCACCUCCUGGGCAGAUACCAUCACCAAGGUAUACAAAGCUAUCGACGACUUCUAGUUUCCUACCUGCCAACAUUACCUCACUGCAUGGUCAAUUGGCUGAGCUCCUCCAAGACAACGCUAACACUUGUAACCUGGGUUUUCCAUUAACCUCCCCUGCACACCGGAACAUCUUUUGUGUACCCACAUUUUGCAACCACUACAGAAAAUUGAAUUCUGGCCAACCCUUUUUCUGCACACACCACAAGGGUAUUUUCCAGAGAUUCUCAGUGUGUUUAGGUCAUUACCAGAGAUCAUGACUUUGGUCUUCCUCAUGUUGACUUUCAGGCCUUUUUCCUCAAGACCAACCUUCCAGCGGUUCAGCUUCUCAAGUAGUUCAUCCAAGGAUUCUGCGAUUAUGACAAAGUUAUCUGCAUAAAGCAUCUCCCAAGGACAACCAACUCAAAACUCUCUUGAUAAGGCCUCUAACACAAUUAUAAACAACAGGGGGCUCAAAACAGAUCCUUGAUGGACCCCAACCUUCACCUCGAACUCUUCACUGAGUGAGUUGUUGACCCGCACCCGACUCUUUGCACCACUGUACAUGGCUUGUACCAGUUUGAUAAUCCAUUCAGGCACCCCAACCACCCGCAUUGCCCACCACAGCACUCUUCAGGGAACCCUGUCAAACGCCUUUUCAAGGUCUACAAAUGCCAAGUACAAAUGUUUUUGCUUGGCCAAAUACUUUUCUUGUAGCUGCCUGAGGAUGAAAAUAGCAUCAGUGGUACCUCGUCCUGGGCAAAACCCAAACUGCAUUUCAUUGAUGUUGACAUAACCUCUGAUGAUUUUCUCCAGCACUCUGUCAAUGAUCUUAAGUACCUGUUCUGUAAGCUUCAGGCCUCUGUAGUUGCCUCGAAUCAAUGCAUCACCUUUACCUUUAAACAGACUAAGGAUUAUGCUUUCGUCCCAGUCUGUAGGGAUCUUUUCCUCUCUCACAAUAGCAUUGGCCAAAUUAGCUAUCACACUUAGUGAGUCGGCAGAAAGAGUUUGUGCCUAAAAGGCGUAUCUGGAAGCUGAAAGAGGACAACAUACGCAAUGAGUUUAAGACCUGUUUGCAGGAGUGUGUUAACAACAUGGUAGGCGAUGUUGAACGUAUAUGAAUGUAUAUGCAUUACAUGAAAAUGUCAUAAAAUCUGUAGAUCAGUGUAUACUUCCGAUGUGUCACAUAAUGAGGAUGUGGCAUGCAUAAAAUCAAAAUCCAGCACUAUUAUAGGAUUUCAUAAAUAUGUCCCAGCAUAACAAUGCCCCUGUGCACAAAGCGAGAGCCAUAAAGAUAUGGUUUGCCAAGGUUGGAGUGGAAGAACUAGAUUGGCCUGAACAGAGCCCUGACCUCAACCCCACUGAACACAUUUAGGAUGAAUUAUCCUCACCUAACAUCAGUGCCUGACUUCACUACUGCUCUUGUGGCUGAGUGAACUUGACUCUUCAAAAAGCACAUAUGGGUGUGAUUGGUUGUGUCAACAUACUUUUGGCCAUAUAGUGUAUGUUACUUUAGAAAAAAGACACAAAUUGAGUUCUAAUGACAUCUAAUGCAAGUCAGCCUGGAAAAGCAGAACUGAUAAAUCAGCCUUUAUGACAGCUUAUGCCUGUUCAAAUAAGGCCUUAUAAGUAUUUAUAGGCAUGUCAGUUGUUAUGAAGGAGUUUGAGAUGUCAUGUAGCCCUAAGUAUGUAAAGUAUUUCCCUUCAAUUCUUAAUACAUAACAGUAUAUUGUGAGAGCCUUUUUUGAAUAUCAGCUUCACAAAAAACCUCAGAGGUCCAGAUGUUUACAUGAGCUCAAACUAGCUAAUAGGAGACAGAACUUCUGUCGGUGAUCCUGUUUCCAUGUGAUCUCUAAUUGUAAAAUAUCAGCGCUUAUUUAAUUGUAUGUUCAGAAAAAAAUCUGCACAGGAGUUUUGAGUAAUUAUUUUUUACAUUUUAAAUGAAUUCUGAACAUGUUACUAAUACUGUUGUUAUACUCAGAGUUCUGAAUUUCACAAUGAAUGUUUAUUUACUAGCAGCAUGGUGGUGUAGUGGUUAGCACUGUCGCCUCACAGCAAGAAGGUCCUGGGUUCGAGCCCAGCGGCCGACGGGGGCCUUUCUGUGUGGGGUUUGUAUGUUCUCCCCGUGGCUGUGUGGGUUUCCUCCAGGUGCUUCGGUUUCCCCCACAGUCCAAAGACAUGGAGGUUAGGCUAAUUGGUGGCUCUAAAUUGACCAAUGUGUGAGUGUGAAUGGUUGUUUAUGUGUCAGCCCUGAGAUGACCUGCCAACUUGUCCAGGGUGUACCCUGCCUCUCGCCCAUAGUCAGCUGGGAUAGGCUCCAGCUUGCCUGCGACCCUGUAGGACAGGAUAAGCGGUUACAGAUAAUGGAUGGAUGAAUUCUGAACAUGUUACUAAUACUGUUGUUAUACUCAGAGCUCUGAAAUUCACAAUGAAUGUUUAUUUACUGGCAGCAUGGUGGUGUAGUGGUUAGCACUGUUGCCUCACAGCAAGAAGGUCCUGGGUUAAAGCCCAGUGGCUGACGAGGCCCUAUCUGUGUGGAGUUUGCAUGUUCUCCCCAUGUCUGCGUGGGUUUCCUCUGGUUUCCCCCACAGUCCAGAGACAUGCAGGUUAGGUUAACUGGUGGCUCUAUAUUGACUGUAGGUGUGAGUGUGAAUGGUUGUUUGUCUCUAUGUGUCAGCCCUGUGAUGACCUGGCGACUUGUCCAGGGUGUACUCCGCCUCUCGCCCAUAGUCAGCUGGGAUAGGCUCCAGCUUGCCUGCAACCCUGUAGAACAGGAUAAGCAGCUACAGAUGAUGGAUGGAUGGAGGUUUAUUUACUGUACACUACCGUUCAAAAGUUUGGGGUCACCCAGACAAUUUUGUGUUUUCCAUGGAAAGUCACACUUUUAUUUACCAGCAUAAGUUGUAAAAUGAAUAGAAAAUAUAGUCAAGACAUUUUUCUGGCCAUUUUGAGCAUUUAAUCGACCCCACAAAUGUGAUGCUCCAGAAACUCAAUCUGCUCAAAGGAAGGUCAGUUUUAUAGCUUCUCUAAAGAGCUCAACUGUUUUCAGUUGUGCUAACAUGAUUGUACAAGGGUUUUCUAAUCAUCCAUUAGCCUUCUGAGGCAAUGAGCAAACACAUUGUACCAUUAGAACACUGGAGUGAGAGUUGCUGGAAAUGGGCCUCUAUACUAGUCUGGCUAACGCGACUUCAAAGCUCUGCGAGCAUUUGGUCUGGCAAAGAUAUUAAGCCCAACCGUUUCCCAAAGUGCGUGGUUGACCCGCCUCCCUGAAAUGCCUCAGUUUGCUACUGGUCGAAGCCAGAAAAGGCUGUGACGAAGCUUAAACCAAUCACUUCACUCUUUCCUCUGACGUAUGUGACGCGACGGGGCUAACUGGUAGAUUAAACUCUUACCGAAGCCAGUCGGGAGCAAGGCGAAAACGUCCUUCCUUUCAAUAAAUACCUCCAGGGCUGCUCUUUGCUCCGUUUUCAAUGAGAACUUGCUCCAUGUUCAUAAUGUUUCUAGUGAAUGAAGCGCUUCCGGCAUAGAUUCUGUAAACAAUCUAUGGCUUCCGGUCGCAGUUCUACUACGUCACUGCCUUGAACACGCCUCUACCCAGGGCCGUUGGAGAUGCUCAAAGUUGAUUGACUCCCGAUUUUUCGGGAGCUUGGAAGAGCUGUAGAUAGCUUGCUGAGCUCGCAACAGGCCCUCGUGUUGUGUCACGCUUAGGAUGGGCGGGCCCAGGCUACCUCUAUACACCUAUGUAGAUAUUGCACCAAAAACCAGACAUUUGCAGCUAGAAUAGUCAUUUACCACAUUAGCAAUGUAUAGAGUGUAUUUCUGAUUAGUUUAAAGUGAUCUUCAUUGAAAAGAACAGUGCUUUUCUUUCAAAAAUAAGGAAAUUUCAAAAUGACCCCAAACUUUUGAACGGUAGUGUACAUCUAAAUAGCUCAGUAGAAACUGUGAACAUGUCAUUUCCUGCCAGACUGAUUUCUUUUUAAUGGCACAGUCAUGGUCUGUGUGAACACACUGAAACUGAGUCAGAAUUAUAGUAGAUUAGGAUCUCUGUAUUGUUGCAUGCUUACCGUCCAUCUGAAUGAGAACACUGCACAUACUCUACAUUAAACACAACACGAAAUGGUCUGACUCUUGUACCCAUGUGUUCUUUGUGGCAAUGGCAGACAGAAGUGAGAUUUUUGUGUGCUUUGUUCUACACAGAGGAAGUGAGCAUAUGCCUGAACUACACAGAUCUGUGGGGAGAUAUGGCAAUGCUGCUCGCUACAGCAUGUUGCAGCUCAUCUCAUGUACAGAAGGUGCCAGGCUGUAAGUGUAACAAGAGAGAAGGGUGACAAGACCACAGACAUGUUCAACCAAGAGUGUCUAAACUGUACUAACAUUACUUUCAUUGUACUGUAUAAGUUAUACUUCAUAGGUUUUUAUUUGUACUUACGCACAUAAGUGAUCUUGAUUCAAACUGAAUUUUAGGGUUAGAUUAGCUCUGUGAGAUAUUAUGAAAGACAUUUUGAAAAUCAAAUCAGACUUUAAAUCUGUUUACUUGCUUUGUCUGAAUGAUGUUCAUUAACUAAAAAAAGUUAUAUGUGCCCUCGGAGCGGCACGGUGGUAUAGUGGUUAGCGCUGUCGCCUCACAGCAAGAAGGUCUGGGUUCGAGCCCCAUGGCCGGCGAGGGCCUUUCUGUGUGGAGUUUGCAUGUUCUCCCUGUGUCCGCGUGGGUUUCCUCCGGGUGCUCCGGUUUCCCCCACAGUCCAAAGACAUGCAGGUUAGGUUAACUGGUGACUCUAAAUUGACCGUAGGUGUGAAUGUGAGUGUGAAUGGUUGCCUGUGUCUAUGUGUCAGCCCUGUGAUGACCUGGUGACUUGUCCAGGGUGUACCCCACCUUUCGCCCGUAGUCAGCUGGGAUAGGCUCCAGCUUGCCUGCGACCCUGUAGAACAGGAUAAAGCGGCUAGAGAUAAUGAGAUGAGAUGAGAUAUGUGCCCUCUGCUGACCAGAAUCAUUCCCUACAGCUACACUGUGCCUGGGAAAAGCUAAAUUAAAAUCAUCUGGGAGCCAUUGAGAACUACUUGAGCAAUUUUUUCCAUAGUGAGAAAGAAGUUGGAGAAAGCCUUUUCUUAGCUUCAUUUGUGAAUCAUUUGGAAUUAAAGUUGUAGCCAAAUAAAUAAAUCUAAUUAAAAUAAAAUGUCAACAAAAUUUUUGUUAUAUUUCAUCAUAGGGUAAAGACGAUGAUUCAGAAUAACCUUGUAUUGGUUUCCAGUGAAUCUUCCAUCUAAGGGGAUAAAUAAACCCAAACCAUGGUAGCAAAUUACCUUUCACUGCACAAAAGAGCCACCCAUUUUCUUUUAAUUUGUCUCUUAAUUUGUGAAUUGCAAUGUGCUAUAACAUAUACGCUGAUCAACCAUAACAUUAUGACCCCUGAUAGGUGAAGUGAAUAACAUUGAUUAUCUCAUUACAAUGGUAUCUGUCAAGAGGUGGGAUAUACAAGAGGUGUAUUAGGCAGCAAGAGAAAAGUCAGUUCUCAAAGUUGAUGUGUUGGAAGCAGGAAAAACAGGCAAGCAUAAAGAGCUGAAUGACUUGGACAAGGGCCAAAUUGUGAUGGCUAGAUGACUGGGUCUGAGCAUCUCCAAAAUGGUACAUCUUGUGAGGUGUUCCUGGUAUGUAGUGGUUAGUACUGACCAAAAGUGGUCCAAGGAAGGACAACUGGUGAACUGGGGACAGGGUCAUGGGUGUCGAAGGCUCACUGAUUCACAUGGGGCAUUAAGGCUAGUCCAUAUGGUCCAGUCCCACAGAAGAGCUACUGUACUGUAGCACAAACUGCUGAAAAACUUAAUGCUGACACCUUUCUGUUUUAGCCAGCAUUAACUUUUUCAGCAGUUUGUACUUCUGUACACAGCAAAAUAUUUGCAAGGGGACAAAAUCAACCUGAAUAGAAUAAUAUUAUAUAGCAUAUGAACCAUCAAAUUGUGUAAUGUAGUGUAUUUUGCAUCAAUAAAUUGGUGCAUUGUCUUGUGACAGUGAUACCAAUAAUGAGA